UUUCUUGACCCGGAGGCCCAGGGACUAGCGCUUUUGACGUUGCAGAUUAGAGAUAGGGAGGGAGUUAGGUUGCAGAGCUCCUUCUAUGCACUCUUUAGUGGCCCCGGAUUCCGGGCUCCACUGUUAGAACAGCGCCGGGGGCUCCGGGGCGAGAGGUGCGGGACGCCCCGCGGCAGAGAUCCCCAGGCACAGCCUCUGGCGGGACCGCACUUGCUCGAAGGGGCUUCCUGGGUUCCGCUGCUUUCCCCUUACACUCCAGCGGCGGGAGGCCGUGCGGUUCUCUUUCAGGGCCGCAGGCGGCGUCCAGAGGCGGGGGUCGCAGCGGCCGCUCGCUGGGGGCGGCGCAGGGUAGGCAGACGCCGAGCCCGCCCUGCCGGCAUCCCGGGCCUGACUUCCUCCAGCAGCGGGCGGCCGGCCGGCCCAGCUGGAGGAAACGGCGGCGGCGGCCACGAUGAGUGCCGGGGACGCGGUGUGCACCGGCUGGCUGGUCAAGUCGCCCCCGGAGAGGAAGCUGCAGCGCUAUGCCUGGCGCAAGCGUUGGUUUGUCCUCCGGCGGGGCCGCAUGAGUGGCAACCCUGAUGUCUUGGAGUACUACAGAAACAAGCGCUCGAGCAAGCCUAUCCGGGUAAUAGACCUCAGUGAGUGUGCUGUAUGGAAGCAUGUGGGACCCGGCUUUGUUCGGAAGGAAUUUCAAAAUAAUUUUGUGUUCAUCCUCAAGACCACUUCCCGUACAUUCUAUCUGGUUGCCAAGACUGAGGAAGAAAUGCACGUGUGGGUGCACUGCAUCAGUCAGGUCUGCAACCUUGGCCACCUAGAGGAUGGUGCAGCAGAUUCCAUGGAGAACCUCUCUCACAUGCCCUCCUCCCUCCAGCCAUCCCCUGCCAGCUCCCUUCAUACUGCCCAUGCUGCCAGCUCCUCCUUGCCAAGAGAUGAUCCACACACUAAUUCUGUAGCCACUGAGGAAACCAGAAGUGAAUCAGAACUUCUCUUCCUUCCUGAUUAUCUGGUUUUGUCAAACUGUGAGACUGGAAGACUGCACCAUGCCAGUCUACCAACUAGAUGCAACAGCUGGUCAAACUCAGACCGCUCUCUGGAACAGACUUCCAUUGAUGAAGUUUUUGUUGACUGCCUGCAGUCGCUGCCCUCCAGUCAUUUGCUCCACCCCUCAGUCCCUAGAAAUGGAUCUCAGGAGGAACCUUCCAUGAGGCUGCAGGCUGCCCUGAUCUGGAGCAGAGAAAUCAAUGGACCAUCCAAGGACCACUUGUCUUCUUCAUUGCUGGAAACAUCCUUAAGUCCCACCAUUCAGAUAGAUAAAAACCAAGGUUACUUGCCACGUGGGGCAAAAGAACUAGACAUCAUGGCCAAUACUCCACCUCCCCGCCCCCCUAAGCCAAGCCAUCUCUUAGAACGGUGCCAAGAGGAGCAGCUCCUGUGGAGUGGGCACAGCAGCGGCAAGAAGGCAGAAUGCACCCUGGUUCCAAGAAGAAUCUCUCUCUCUGGUUUAGACAAUGUGAGAACCUGGAAAGCUGAUGUAGAAGGCCAAUCCUUAAGACACCGAGACAAGAGGCUUAGUUUAAAUUUGCCGUGCAAGUUCUCCCCAAUGUACUCCACAGCUUCAGCCAGUGCCGAAGACAGCUACAUGCCCAUGAGCCCCCAGGCCACUGCCUCUGAUCUUGGAUCCCAUGGCAGCCCUGAUGACUACAUCCCAAUGAGCUCAGGAAACAUCACAAGCCUUCUACCUGAGCUUCCUGCAGACCUGGAGCCUCCUCCAGUGAACAGAGAUCUCAAGCCAAAGAAGAAACCACGGCCACCUCCUCUGGACCUGAGAAACCUCUCCACCAUCCGGGAACACGCUUCUUUAACCAGGACUCACACUGUACCUUGCAAUCGAACCAGCUUUCUCUCUCCAGAAAGAAAUGGUAUUAAUUCUGCAAGAUUUUUUGCCAAUCCUGUUUCCAGAGAAGAGAAAGAAAGCUACAUCCAAAUGGAAGACCACCAAACAGCCAACUCCUCGAGCAGUGGUAGUCUCAUGUGGACAAAGAAAUUCAGCCUGGAUUAUUUGGCCCUGGACUUCAAUUCACCAUCACCAGCCCCCAUACAGCAGAAACUUCUCCUUUCAGAAGAGCAAAGAGUAGACUACGUCCAAGUGGAUGAGCAGAAGACACAAGCUCUCCAGAGCACGAAGCAGGAGUGGACAGAUGAGAGGCAAUCGAAAGUGUGAGAAGUAUGGGCUUGGGUGUGAAACAGGGGCUCACACAGGAAAUUAGGGCUCAGUUUGAGUUUUUUUUUUUUUUUUUUUUUUCUAAAAACACAGUGAUGGUCAACACAGGUCAAAACCAAGAGAGAAUGUAUAGUUUUUGUGGUCGUGGGGGAAAGGACCUACAGAAAGGCAGCAGUUUCCUUCCCUAGCCACACUGCCCAUGUCCCAAGUCUCAGGGGUGUGUGCAGCUGGCUCCAUAGCCACAGGAUGCCAUAGCCACAGACCAGGAUGUGAAAAACUCCCUUCAUUCAGGCAGGAUAGAAACACUAGAAAUAAGACUUAAGAAAACAUUUCUGAAAAUUAUGUUUAAAAUCUCUUAAACAGAGUAUUUGGAGUGAAGAUUGGAGCCAGUGUUGCUACCAACAGGAUGACAUCAUUUGACUCCAAUACCUGAAAUUCUGACCUCUCUCCUGUGCUUUGGAAUCAUAAAUUAUCCUUUUUAAGGGGCCCCUGGAGACCAUCUUGUUCCAGCCCUUAAAGUCACAGUUAAGGAGAUCAAGCCCAGCGGUGAUAGCAGAAUCUGCACUACUUAUUCCAAAGACUCUAGCAGACCAGUCAUUUAUAUCCCCAAAGACAGACAAUUCAAAUGAUGGGGACAAUGGGUCCCAGGCUCUGUGAGGAGAAUAACAGGUGACACUGGUGGCUGUAAGGAUGUUGUGAUUAAGCAUCUACCUGUAGACAGGUAUUCUGUUGCUGUUGCCUUUUCCCAGCAUGCUUUCCAUCCAUCAUCUCAUCUUGUUCUCUAAAAGACCUCAGAAUCUAGGCAUGGCAGAGAGUAUCACUCCUACUUUGAAGAAAAGAAAACUGAGAAGUAGAGAAGGGAACACUUUGCUCAAGAUUACUCAGAGAGCUGAGCCACAGAGUUUGGCUUAGAAUAGAAUUGCCCAGGCUGCCAAUUGCAAGCUCAUCGUACUAUCUCAUUGCCUCUGAGUAUUUGGACAAAAUGGAUCAAUUGGGUCAACCUUGGCAGCAUGUGUGAAGCACCUGCAUACACAAGAUGGGUUAUCUCUCUUUUUCACAGGGACCUGAGCAGGUACUUUGACAUUUGAAAGGUAUGCAUGUCCAGUGAGGGUUUCUUUGUGUAACAUUCAACUGGAACUCUAACAUCAUCUAUAGUUAAAAUUAGAAAUACCUCCUGAUAAUUCACCUGGAAUCCAUUCUUAGAUCAGAUGGUCCCCUUUGCAAUUUUCCCAUUUGCUGGCUAAUGCUGAGAGAGGAAUUUUUACUAUCUCAGGGAAGAAUAAAUUGUUCCUUGCUAUCCCAUGAUGGGACCAAGCUUUCUAGUGAUAGAUAGAAAUUACCAGAGGCAAAACAAACAAACAAAAACAGUUAGUUCUAUUCUCAGAUUUCCUGGCCAUUGUUCUCUUCUGCUUGAGAAGUGACUAGAUCCUAAGAGUGCAAACACUCCCCACUUGGUAGUAAGAGCAUCAUGUCACCCCCUUCCUUUAUAGGUCCUGGGGUCCAGGGGAUGCAGAAUAAAGGUCUCGAUUGGACAUGGAGUUUUAUUUGAUGCUCCUCUGAACUACUGAGGAAUAAGCAGAUACUGGUCCUACUGGCACUGUGUCCUAUAUACAAGGAUGGAUCAAAUAGGCAGGCAGUUCUGUGAUAGUGUACUCAGGGCAAUCGUAGACUUUGCUAGGGUUUCAGGGUUUCACACCUUCCCAAAGGUAAGUAAAAGCCAAAGUCUUGAUUUUUCAGAGCAUAUAGGAAGUCAUCUUGAUUUUCAAAGCAGCGAAUUCUGAUGACAUUAUUUUCUUCCGGGGGCAAAGUAAGGAACAAUGGUCACAUACUUUGAGUUUAAAGUCCACACUGAAUUUAGACAGAGAAAGAUGAAAAGCUACCCACAUCCUGCACACCAUAGCCAGCUCCAUUGCAUGGCACACAGGCCAGAGCCUCUAAGGAGCUGUAUUCUUCCCCCAUGUGACUUGCAAAGAGUCACACAGUCUCAGGCAAGAAACCAGGUUGCAGGGUGCUGGUCCCCACAGAUGGUAGCUCCCCCAGGUGUGGUCACCUGUGUUAGGGACAGUGAUUGAUUACCUGACAAAGGCUGGUGCAGAAAAAUUGUAGCCCCAGUGUCAAUUGGGGCUACCACCUUGAAGAUACAAAAGAAACUACAGAUGAAAUUAUGUCAGUAGUUAAAUGUUAUUCAAUUGACCAAAAAAAGAAAUAUGUUUGUAGAAAACAUUUCCAGGAAUAUAUUUACAGCAUGAAGCAACACACAUGUGAGUAAUGUGACCUGUUUAAAUUUGAUUAGUUAAAAACAGGAAUGCUCUUAACAGGCACUGUCUACAUUUAAAGUAUGAAAAGUGAUAGGGGUCAGAAUAAAAAAAUAAUUUAAAAAAGGAAACUUCACCAUCUUUUCCAGGGUAUACAUGAUUAUGUCCUGCUUUGGUAAAACUGCUAAAGGAUGGCUACACAAAAGCAUGACAAUUCAAAGAAACAAAGCAUAGGUAGUUUUUAAACUGAGAGCAUCAUGUGCUCCUGAGAAAGUCACGAUAAGUCAAAAUGAUGCCAGCCAAAUCUUGGUUUCUGGUGGAGACAAUGGAUGUGUAGGCAACAGAGGGCAAUGUUUCUGACCAAAGGUCUGAUGUUUGUUACAGAAAUGAUCCCAGAGACCAUUCUGAGCCAAAGACACAUGGCACGUUUGCACACUGUGCAGUGGACACAUUCCUAAAAGAUUUGAAAAUCUGCAUCACAUUGUUUUCUGUGGUUCCUUUUUGUUUCAUUUCCUUUUGUCUCAUUUUCGGAGGAAAUUCCUCCAAAUUAGGGGAUGUCCAUUGCAGGAUGGGGUGCUGAAGAGUCUCAAGCCUAUAAUCCCAGAGGGUUAUGAACCCAGGAACCCUGGAAAUUAAGUUUUCCUAGGGGAGGUAGGAACCCUGAGGCCCCCCCAGCAGCCUGGCUGUAAAGGCAUCAAGUGACUCACUGGGGGGUUGCUGUACAGGACAUUUCAUCUUGGAAUGAGAACCAACUGAAUGAUGAUAUUUAAAAGAUGUGAGGGAGACUGAAGGGCUCCUCUCAAGCCUAGCUUUCUCCUCUUAUGGUCUCCUUGAUCCCUGUUCACAACAUCUCUGUACCCACAAUCACACAGAUUUUUUAAAUUUAUUUUGUUUCUACUGUUUCAUUUCUGGCAUUAAUAAAAAUUUUA